GGGUAAAAAGCUGGGCUAGAAGAAACGAUUACUAUCCUGCAUCGGGCGACGAUGAGGCGUCUACCAGGGUAAUAUUGGGCCAUGGUAAUGGUUUCUCAGUCUACAACAGGCCCGCCGGCAGAGUAAGAACGAUCAUCGGCUCUAGCUGGUCAGCGUGCCCAACAGUCGCGCUUUCGUUUCGUUCGCCGAUCGUUCGCGGUGAUACGCGGCUUCGGAUAAAACGCGAAGUGAACCACGCGGCUCCUGCAUUUCGUCAAUGUUUACGUCGCUGUCAACUUUAUUUCGAGCUCUCAUUUUUUAGUUGUUCUAGCCGGGCCGAUCCCGCGGCAUCCCGCGAUCUCCAUCGGACGCGAUAUCGAAUUCGACGCGUCGCGCGUGUCAUCGCCGAUCGAUCUCAGUGCAUUCCGUGACGGUCGUGAUCGUUCCGAUCGUUCUCUCAGUUUCCGAAAAGCUCGUCCAACGGGUGUCGGUGAUCUCGCAAAGGCUGCCCGACGUAAUCGUGCUUCCCCGUUCACCAAAAUGGUGUCGCAGACCACAGCGGAGGAGAGUAGAGUGGAGGAGGAGAUACCCGACAGGAUCGCGGAAGUUUUCAGAGACCAAAAUAUUUUGAUCACCGGUGGUACCGGUUUCCUGGGCAAGGUCAUGGUCGAGAAGUUUCUCAGAUGCUUGUCCUCCGUCAAACAGAUUUAUCUGCUGGUGCGGCCGAAAAAGGGGAAGGACCCGAGACACCGUUUGGAGGAAAUGUUCAACUCGCCGCUCUUUGAUAAAGUUAAACAGGAAAGAGGAUUAGCGGAACUUCAUGAGGCUGUGACAGUUGUAAAUGGGGAUGUAUCAUUGCUUGGUCUUGGACUCUCUGCUGAAGACAAGAAGAUGCUUUGUGAGAACAUUAACAUUCUAUAUCACGGUGCCGCCACAGUAAGAUUCGAUGAGCUACUGAAAAAGGCGGUACUGUUAAACACUCGUGGCACGAAGGAAACGCUACAACUUGCUAAGGAGAUCAAACACUUGAAGCUGUUUGCUCACAUCAGCACUGCGUAUUGCCAUUUAGAAGAAAAGGUCUUGGGAGAAAAACCUUACCCUCCACCAGCGGAUCCUCACAAAGUUAUCAAGUAUGUAGAAUGGAUGGAUGACGAUGUCAUCGAAGCAAUGACUGACAAAAUUCUAGGAGGACUUCCUAACACAUACGCCUUCACGAAAGCCUUGUCCGAAGGACUCGUUGAAGAGGCCAUGCCGCAUAUUCCAGCCAUUAUAUUAAGGCCAAGUAUAGUUAUACCUGUUUGGAAGGAACCGGUACCAGGAUGGACGGACAAUAUCAAUGGACCGACAGGACUUUUAAUUGGAGCUGGAAAAGGUGUUAUACGGACAAUGUACUGCAACGAAACUGGUUACGCAGAUUAUCUACCGGUUGAUAUCGCUGUUAAUGCUAUACUGACAUCUUCAUGGAAUUUCAUUUAUUUCAAAGAUUAUGAGAAAAGAGUUUUCAACCUUACCAGCAGUAACGAAUUCAAAGUAUCGUGGGCAGAGAUUAUUGCACGGGGUCGAAAAAUAACUGAAAGAGUUCCUCUAAACGGUGUUGUUUGGUACCCAGGUGGCAGCAUGAAAAAAUCAAGACUCCUGCACAACAUAUGUGUGUUACUUUUUCAUAUGAUACCAGCUUAUUUCAUAGAUGCGCUUAUUUUCCUCGCAGGGUACAAACCGAUUAUGUGCCGUGUGCAACGUCGUAUACAAAAAGGAUUCGAAGUCUUUGAGUACUAUGCUAAUCAUCAAUGGGAUUUUGAUAAUUCGAACCUGUAUGUAAUUAGAGAUCGGCUUAAUCAAACAGAGUAUAGAAAAUAUCAGCUGCAUGGUGAUGACAUGGAUAUUGAUGAAUAUUUCGAGGCUUGUAUAAGAGCUGCAAGGGUUUUCAUUUUAAAUGAACCACCAGAGACACUACCAGCUGCUAGAAGACACUUAAGAAUCAUGUACUGGGUUGAUGUAUUCACGAAGAUAACUUUCUUCGUCUUCUUGAUGUACUUAUUCGCAUGUUGGAGUGAAAGCUUUAGAGCACUCCUGAUAGGAAGCUGGACAAUUAUGAAACAGGCAGUGUCCGAUUAGACAACACAUUAAUUAGUUUGUAACACUUCUAGUACCUUUACAUUUGUAAUAUAACCAAAUAAAAUUACGAUUGUAUUUUUUAAUAAUUGUCAAUCUGUAUUCAUUGCAUUAAUGAUAAGGUGCAUAAUAUCAAAAUAUUUUCGAUAAUAAAUAUUUACUAUUAAAAUGAAA